CAUACUCUUGGUAAAAUUGUUCUGGGGACUCCAUUUGUCAUUGCCCUUUUGAUCUAUAAAUGUCUGCGGAGACAUUUAUCAAUGUAUGACAACAUUGAAGAAUUUUUGCAAAGUGACAACAAUAUCAUGCCUAUAAGAUACUCCUAUGGAGAAAUCAAGAAGAUGACAAAAGGGUUUAAAAUCAAACUUCAGAAAGGAGGUUAUGGCUUUGUGUUCAAAGGCCAACUUCAAAGUGGUCGUGAGGUAGCUGUCAAGAUGGUGGAUAAGGCCAAAGCUGAUAAUCAAGAAUUCAUAAAUGAAGUUGCUACACUUGGUAUAAUCCACCAUAUGAAUGUUGUGCAACUCAUUGGUUACUGUGUUGAGGGAUUGAAACGUGCUCUUAUAUAUGAGUUCAGGCAAAAUGGAUCUCUCGACAAAUACAUUUUCUCUAAACACGAUAAUGAGCAAUCCUUCGAUCUUCAUCAAUUGUAUGCCAUUUCUGUUAUAGUAGCUCAUGGUAUUGAAUAUCUUCACAAAGGUUGCAACAUGCAAAUUCUGCAUUUUGAUAUAAAGCCACACAACAUCCUUCUUGAUGACAACUUCAUCCCUAAGGUUUCUGAUUUUGGCCUUGCUAAACUCUACCCUACUAGUGAUAGCAUUGUGUCACUCACAACUAUAAGAGGUACGAUAGGAUACAUGGCCCCUGAACUUUUCUAUAGAAACGUGGGUGGAAUCUCUAACAAAGCGGAUGUGUAUAGUUUUGGGAAGUUAUUAAUGGACAUUGCUGGUAGAAGAAAGAAUCCAAAUGUGUCAGCUGCACAGUCAAGUCAUUUUUACUUCCCCUUCUGGGUUUAUGAUCAAUUAAAUGAAGGAAAUGAAAUUAACAUAGAAAAUGCAACAGAAGAAGAAAGGAAGUUGGCAAGGAAAAUGAUGAUUGUGAGACCAUGGUGCAUCCAAACUAGGCCAAAUGAUCGUCCUUCAAUGAACAAAGUUGCAAAGAUGCUUGAGGGGGAGGAGCAUGACUUAGAAAUGCCUCAAAAGCCUUAUUUUUAUCCACAAGAUAUUCCGAAUGUGGAUGUUAGUAACCAUUCAAAUUCGAUAAUGUCAUCCUCUGAUCUAUCAGUAAGUAAUUAUACAGAUACAACAUCAUUUUCAGCUCAAGAAGAUGAAAGAUCAUCAUAG